GCUCAGAGAAUCAGUGUGGCUCAGGCCUGCGUAUGAGGAAGGUGUGUAGACUCUCGCUCAGCCGCUUCUGUCACUGGUGAUACUGACGUGCUCAUUUGACAUUGACAAGUCAUUUGAGGAUAAACAUUAGAACAAUUUCGGAACACGUUUCAGGGAUACACUGUGUACAUUUGUGAAAUAGUUCGUGUUUGGUGAGAGGAAAUUCGCUGCCACAGUUCGGGUGACACAGUGAUCGAGAAUAUUGUUGAGGGGCGGCGCAGCGUGGCCACCUGCCCUUCCUGCACGCUGCCCGCCAGGACCUGCACCGGCCCCUGCAGGUGUGAUGUUGUGAUGGAGCACGAGCCAGGGCCGGAGCUCGCCAUCUACUCUGCCCGCUACGCCACGCCCCCGCCCCGGCCCCGCCCCAGCCACCCCGCCCCUGCCCACCACACACAGACUCACCACUUCCAUGACUUCCGUGCGCCACUGCCUGCCGCCUCCGGGCCUGUUUCCCUGCCGCCCCGCGGCCCGAUGCUGCACAUGGCGGGUGGGCAGCCCUUUUCGGGGCCUCUCUCCCUCCCUCAAGGAUCAGGCUACUGGAGGCCCUCCCCCCGCCGCCACCACCAUCACCACCACACCUUCCCACCGUACCCACCACUCCUCCCGCCGCCGCCGCCCCGGCGACUCCAUUUCCACCCGCACGCCCACACCUCCCUUCCACAUCUGGGCCUGCGGGAGCCACCGCCGCCGCCCCCGGCGGGCAGGUGGGAUGAAGACCCCUGCUUUCUGCGCCCCAACUCCCCAGACAUGCCCUGCCCCCACAAGCCGCGCGGCGCACCCGCCACGCAGGAGGACGGGACCUGCUUCGUGGUGAUGGGCUCACGUGACCCUCCUCACCUACCACGGCCUUUCGCUGCCAUGAACCCGCUCCUAGUGCGUCAGCAGCACCAGGAACAAUACCGGAAACAACAACAGCUACAAGAUCAGCAACGAUGGCAUCGGCAGCAGCAAGAGGAGGAGGGUGUUUAUUCCUAUGCUGGCGAAGGCAUUUUUUCCCCGGCUGACGUGAUCCGCGCCCAAGCGGCGAUGGACGACUGUGACAGCUACGGCGGCUCCCUCGCCUCGGAGAACAUUUAUGAAGAGAUUCCCGACAACUGGCGGGGCUCGUGGUCGCGGCGCUCCCUGGUGGAGGAGGUGAUGGACGAGUACGAGCGGGUGCGGGCGGGCCACCGACGAGUACUAUCCGCCCUCAACCUGGACGUGGAGACACUCAUCCGCCCUGGGGGCCAGGACGGCACGGCCUCCCCUGACUCUGGCCUCACCAUCUCCGCCUCGGACUCCUCGUGUGAGCCUAACGCCGGGAACUACGGCCACUCCCGCCCCCGCUCGCCGCCCACCCACGAGGACUCGGGUCUCGGGCUGUCAACGAAGGGCAACAGCUCCCUUAGAGGCAGCAAAAACUCCGGGGACAACUCCCCGAAGAGCAAGGGGCGACUAGUCAAGUGUGAGUCAAUGGACUUUAAGGAAGUGUUUUCCCGGCGGCCUUCAGGCGGGCGGGGCCGCGCCCUCAGAGAGAAAAUCGGCAGCGUGCGAGAGAAGAUGGAGAAGAGGUGGAAGUUCCCCAACUUCUCUAAGAAAGGUCAGUCGAUGAGAGCAGAAGAGGCAGAGACGUUGUGAGUACCUUGUGGUGUGCGAAGUUCUCUGCAGGGCUAGGCACCCGCAGUACCGUUUCCAUGUGGAGAAUGGGACAAUGCUUACUGAAUAUUUAAGAUGUUUGUUCCAUUUUUUAUGUGCUCUUUACCUUUUUCUUUAUUAAUGUGUGAUUUACGUCUUAUUGCCUGACGCAGUUGAAAAUUAGAUCUCUAUUGUGGCUGCAGGUGUUUUCAAUUAGUGAACCUGUGUGUGCACCUGUGCCCG